AUGUUUGGUAUUCAAAAUCAGAAAUUUUAUUAAUAAUUAUUUGAGAAUCUUCUCAAUUAUAAUAAAAUGAGCAUUAGUAGAAAAAUGUAGAAAGUCUUAUUAUAAUAACUUAGUUUAAAAUCAAAUGGGAUAAAUAAAAUCUAUAGGAGAAUCCUUUCAAGAAAUAAUAAUAAUAAUAUGCGCUUUCUUCUCAAUCCACAAUAAUUCUUUAUAAAGUGGAUUAUCUAUGAAAAUUUUGAUAAGUUUAUAAUAAAACUUUAAUCAAUUUUAUGGAGGAGCUCCUUAAAUAUUGAAAAAUAUAGUUAUACUGAGUCAUUAUCAUAUUUAAUUGAUCCAAGCUAAAAUAUCUGA